GUUGACCUUUAAUCAAAGGUGUUAAUUUGAUCUCUGACGUUACGCAAUGGCUAGUAUUUUGCUCCUCAUUAAACUUAUUGGUAUCAUAGUGCUAAAGGUUACUAGUAACUUCUUGUAUAUCGUCAUUUCAUGCUUCAGGAAAAUCUACAAUGGAUUGAAAGACGGAUUACCGUUAAAACGUACUUAUAACAGAAACGAAUGGGAACCGGUGAGUUCAGUUAGCAGACUUGGAGUCGUUGUGAUUACUAACCAUCACAUUCAAAGACAAGAACCUCAAGAUGAGUAUUCAAGUGAUGCUAUUUCAAGAUCUCUAAAAAAUCCGUCCUUAUUUGAAAGGGUCCUUGGUGAAAAUUCGGUCGGUGUUAUUGUUUCAUGGGUAGCUAACUGCAUUCAAAAGAAAGCUCUCGGAAUUUCGAUCAAGAAUACAGAUUUAAUACUGGUGUACACUAAAACAAGGAAUAGUCUAUACGAUCUCAACAAAUGGCUUGACGUCUUGCCUAAUCAUAACUACUCAAGACCUCACUUUGCAAAUAAUCAUAAUAAGAUUAAAGAAUCAGAUUCAUACAGCUGUAUUCUUUCGUCAACUCGGAGUAACUUAAGUCGUAAACAUAACUUGGAAGAUCCUCGUACUUAUUGCUCCUAUGGUCAGCUUUACAAUCGUCUGUUCUCGUAUAGUUUUCGAAGUUUAAGUACUAUCAACCAUGCUUCCAAUCUGAAAAACAAAUUACUCUUGAAAUUUCAAUAUAUUUCUUCUGAGAAAGAAGAUUGCUCAGACUUACUUGAAGUUGGUCUACAAACAGCAUUAAAAGCUAAUCUAGACUACAUAAUUUUUAUUAAUCCACGUGCAAUGAAUUUGAGUGAACAUUUACUUACUGAAACUAUUCAACUAUUGGCCAAUAAAAACGAAAAUUGUCAGGUUGACUUUGUGCUAGGUAUUACUAAACCUUGUUCAAGAAGUUUACGAACUGACACUGAUAUUAAUACAUAUCGAAGAAAAUCAUCAAAUGGUUUAUAUCUAUUCGGUUUAAAAGGUGAACAACAUUAUAUAAUGUCCAAUAUCAAAUCAAUUUGUGCUAAUUUGGAAUGGUCAUCUAUAAAUGCAGCAGAUAUUCUAUAUAGAAAUAUUUAUCACUCUUUACCAAAUAAAAAUUUGGUAUGUUUACGUAAAAGAUUAGAGGAGGUGUCUGAACCACUGGAUCUUAUCAAUGUACAACAGUCUACUGGAUUAUUGUGUGAGGACGUACUUAACGAUUCAGUAACUGUGAUUAUUCCCAUGGGUUAUGGCCAUCCAGAUGAUUGUAUUGAUUCUGAAGACAUUGAAUUAGUCGAUGUGAAAUUUUCAAGAUCAUUAGCUUAUACAAUUGAACUAGCAGUACAUAAUGCUUCGGGUAAAAGACAAAUAGAGAUUAUAAUUAUAGACAGUUCACCAUCGAAAUAUCCUCAAACUGGUAAAUUGUUAAAUUCUUCUACUGCUCAUCCAAUCACAACAGAGUAUUUGCAUGAUAUUGUACAUCCUCGUUGUAUGGUCAAUGUUGAAUUAUAUCAUUAUGAUCCAUCGGUCACGAGCAUAUUGACACCGAGUCGGGGUGAACUUAUUCGCUAUGCUAUAGAUCAAUAUGCUAAUGGCUCAAUGUUAGUUAUUUUGGAACCAGGUGUUCAGUUACCAGUUAAUUGGGAUUCCGCAGUGUAUUAUACAUUACAGAGACCAGGUGUUGGAAUGGGUUGUUUUGCCUAUCGACUACACUUAGAUGAUAAAUAUAUUCAUCAGAAGAGUGUUUUAUUGGCAUUAAGUUGUUGGCUUGGAAGUUGGAUUGUAAAUGUACAAACAAAUUGGUCUGGAGUACCAAUAGCUGGACAACCUCAUUUUAUCUAUUCACAUUAUUUAAAAUGUAUCAAUGGUUAUCCACGUUCAUGUCGAGCAUUUCAUGCUAUUGAUCUGGCGUUAAAAUCACAUCAAUAUUUGGGUGAUGUAAUUCGUACACGUAGUAGAACAGCUGCGGCUGGUGUUCCAACUGAUUAUGCAUUAAGACAUGGUGUUUAUUAUACUGUAUUAUAUACAGGAUUGCUAGGGAUUGCACGUUAUUUAGGCGCUACAGAAGUUCAAUUGAAAUGGGCAUUAGAAAAAUUUCCUUCAUUAUCCAAUGUAGAAAUUAUGCGAAAAUAAAUGUUCAUAUUAGAUAUGAUGAUGGAAUGACUUUCUGUCUGACAUAUUUCACGCCUAAUGUAUAGUUUUCGUAUUGAAAUACUUGUAAUAUCGUUUUUUUGUAUCGGUUAGUCAGAUUGGAAUGAGCUAUCAAAAUAUCUUUAAGCUCUCAAUAAUUUGAGUUUCUUUCACAAUUUUUUCCUUUCCUCAUGUAUUCUUUUUCUGCUCUUGAAAAGAUUUAAUUGUUUUUUUCUGAAAAGGAAGUAUUUUUACUGUGUAUAGAGAAAAAUAUAGUUUUUGAUACUUGAA